AUGAUUACCAACUUCAGGAGCAUUUGCACUAUCACUUCGCGGCUCAGAGCGCCCUUUUGCUCGCGCCCUCCGUUCUCGACCACUGCAUCUACCCAUACAGCGCUUGGACACCUAACCGGCCCACUUCCUCCCUACGGACGAGUGGGUGUUGCUCGAGCACUGGAAGCAUCCCCGACGGCUGGUACGCACUCAUCGCCGACGCCGACCAUCUUCGCUAAUGAGUUCUCUCUCGCGGACCAUGUCGCGCUCGUCUCGGGUGCCAAUCGAGGAAUAGGGCUCGAGAUGGCCCUCGCGCUCGUCGAAGCAGGAGCGCGGUCCGUGUAUUGUCUAGAUUUGCCCCAGACGCCUGGAGAGGAGUGGAUGAAGGUUAACGAGUUUGCGAAGAAGCUGAAAGGGACGGGUGGCGAGGGCAGGCUGGAGUACAUCAGCGGCGAUGUAACUGAUCAGGUGGGUCAGGAAGCGAUGUGGACGAUCGGAAAGACAAUUGGUGAUCGGGAAGGACGAUUGGACGUAUGCAUCGCUGCCGCGGGUAUACUGAAGAGCGAUACACCGUGUUUGACGUACCCUGAGAAGCAAUUCAAGCAGGCAAGCGAAGUUCAUGACGUCAACAUCAACGGCGUACUGUUCACGGCGCAAGCAGCUGGCCAACAAAUGGAGCGUUUCGGGAAAGGAGGAAGCAUCAUCAUGAUGGCCAGCAUCUGCGGGCAUGGAGGGAAUAAGGGCCAUUCAUGGACGUCGUACAACACGUCGAAGUCAGCCGUACUUCAGAUGGCGCGCAGCAUGGCCUGUGAGCUGGGCCCUCAGAAUAUCCGAGUCAACACAGUCAGCCCUGCCUCGAUAAACACCAGAAUGACGGCCCAGUUCCUUGCCAUGCGUCCUGAUUUGGAGGAGAAGUGGAUCGAGCAGCACCCACUCGCGCGGAUUGGACGUCCCGACGAGCUCCGAGGGGUCGCUGUGUGGCUUGCAAGCGACGCAAGCUCGUUCUGUACGGGAAGCGACUUCUUUGUCAGCGGAGGUUAUCACGCAUGGUGA